CACACCUCCUGCUCAUUAACCAGCCAAUCAGCUCAGGAGGUCAGAGGGAGGAGUCAGGAAACAGUCUCCUCUGACACUGACUGGGUUUCCUCCACAAGUUGGACUGGUUUUAAUUCUGUCACUCUCAUCUAUUUUUAGACUCUGAAGUUAUGAGGAUGUGACUUCGUCCUCAGAUCAAAUCCAGGACUGACGAGGGACAAAGAGUUUCUUCUUCUAUUUAAAUGUUUUCUCCACACACGAAGGUGGAAAGUGUCUGGAAGUCGACCUGAAGUUCAGAAGAUAAGAAGAAGUGUGAAGGUGGACGCUAUGGAUCAGACUGAGGACACACAGGAGGGAGUCCCUCCCUCUAAAACCACUCUGAGGGGGGACCAUGAGAACCAGAUCAGAGCUCGGAGGAACCUCCAGCAAAGACCAGACUCUGCAGUACCCACCUGUGUUUCCAUGAAGAGUGACCAGUCUAUGGUUAAACCCAUCAGGUUUGCAGAUGGACAUCAGUCUGUUCAUGAAGGGAUCCUCCAGCAAACACCAGAUUCUGCAGUACCCACCUGUGUGUCCAUGAAGAGUGACCAGUCUAUGGUUAAACCCAUCAGAUUUGCAGAUGGACAUCAGUCUGUUCAUCAAGGAGUUAACCAGCAGAGCUCAGGGGUUCUCAGUGAUCAGUCUGUCCCUCAGCAUCAAACACAUCUGGACUCCAUAAUCACGCUACUGGAAGACAACAUCAUCACUUUUGUGAAGAACGAGCUGAAGAAGAUCCAGAAGGUUCUGAGUCCUGAUUACCCAGAAUGCUCAGAGAGUCAGAGGGAGGAUGAGGAGGUGUUGGAGGGUGAGGAUGAAGAGCAGAGGAGGAGCAGCAGAGAUUUACUGGUGAAGAUGACAGUGAACUUCCUGAGGAGAAUGAAGCAGGAGGAGCUGGCUGACUGUCUGCAGAGCAGAACUGGUGCUGCACAGUGUGGACGUAAAGUUAAAUCUAGUCUGAAGGAGAAGUUCCAGUGUGUGUUUGAGGGGAUUGCUAAAGCUGGAAACUCAACCCUUCUGAAUGAGAUCUACACAGAGCUCUACAUCACAGAGGGAGGGACUGCAGGGGUCAAUGAUGAACAUGAGGUCAGACAGAUUGAAACAGCAUCCAGGAAACCAGACAGACCAGAAACAAGCAUCAGACAAGAAGACCUCUUUAAAGCCUCACCUGGAAGACAUGGACCAAUCAGAAGAGUGAUGACAAAGGGAGUGGCUGGCAUUGGGAAAACAGUCUUAACACAGAAGUUCACUCUGGACUGGGCUGAAGACAAAGCCAACCAGGACAUCCUCUUCAUAUUUCCAUUGACUUUCAGAGAGCUGAAUGUGGUGAAAGAGAGAAAGUUCAGCUUGGUGGAACUUGUUCAUCACUUCUUCACUGAAACCAAAGAAGCAGGAAUCUGCAGCUUUGAAGACUUCCAGGUCGUGUUCAUCUUUGACGGUCUGGAUGAGUGUCGACUUCCUCUGGACUUCCACAAGACUGAGAUCCUGACUGAUGUUACAGAGUCCACCUCAGUGGAUGUGCUGCUGACAAACCUCAUCAGGGGGAAACUGCUUCCCUCUGCUCGCCUCUGGAUAACCACACGACCUGCAGCAGCCAAUCAGAUCCCUCCUGAGUGUGUUGACAUGGUGACAGAGGUCAGAGGGUUCACUGACCCCCAGAAGGAGGAGUACUUCAGGAAGAGCUUCAGAGAUGAGGAGCAGGCCAGCAGCAUCAUCUCCCACAUCAAGACAUCACGAAGCCUCCACAUCAUGUGUCAUAUCCCAGUCUUCUGCUGGAUCACUGCUACAGUUCUGGAGGAUGUGUUGGAAACCAGAGAGGGAGGAGAGCUGCCCAAGACCCUUACUGAGAUGUACAUCCACUUCCUGGUGGUUCAGGCCAAAGUCAAGAAGGUCAAAUAUGAUGGAGGAGCUGAGACAGAUCCACACUGGAGUCCAGAGAGCAGGAAGAUGAUUGAGUCUCUGGGAAAACUGGCUUUUGAUCAGCUGCAGAAAGGAAACCUGAUCUUCUAUGAAUCAGACCUGACAGAGUGUGGCAUCGAUAUCAGAGCAGCCUCAGUGUACUCAGGAGUGUUCACACAGAUCUUUAAAGAGGAGAGAGGCCUGUACCAGGACAAGGUGUUCUGUUUCAUCCAUCUGAGUGUUCAGGAGUUUCUGGCUGCUCUCCAUGUCCAUCUGACCUUCAUCAACUCUGGAGUCAACCUGAUGGAAGAACAACAAACUACAUGUCAGUGGUCUAAACUAUUUAAAAAUCUAACACGUCUCCAUCAGAGUGCUGUGGACAAGGCCUUACAGAGUCCAAAUGGACACCUGGACUUGUUCCUCCGCUUCCUCCUGGGUCUUUCACUGCAGACCAAUCAGACUCUCCUACGAGGCCUGCUGACACAGACAGGAAGUAGAUCACAGACCAAUCAGGAAACAGUCCAGUACAUCAAGAAGAAGAUCAGUGAGAAUGUGUCUGCAGAGAGAAGCAUCAAUCUGUUCCACUGUCUGAAGGAACUGAAUCAUGGUUCUCUAGUGAAGGAGAUCCAACAGUCCCUGAGAUCAGGACGUCUCUCCACAGAUGAACUGUCUCCUGGUCAGUGGUCAGCUCUAGGCUUCAUCUUACUGUCAUCAGGAGAAGAUCUGGAUGAGUUUGACCUAAAGAAAUACUCUGCUUCAGAGGAGGCUCUUCUGAGGCUGCUGCCAGUGGUCAAAGCCUCCAACAAAGCUCUGCUGAGCAGUUGCAACCUCUCAGACAGAAGCUGUGAAGCUCUGGCCUCAGUUCUCAGCUCCCAGUCCUCCAGUCUGAGAGAGCUGGACCUGAGUAACAACAACCUGCAGGAUUCAGGAGUGAAGCUGCUGUCUGCUGGACUGGAGAGUCCUCACUGUAAACUGGAAACUCUCAGUCUGUCAGGUUGUCUGAUCACAGAGGAAGGAUGUUCUUCUCUGGCCUCAGCUCUGAGCUCCAACCCCACCCAUCUGAGAAAGCUGGACCUGAGCUACAACCAUCCAGGAGUCAAUGGAUCAAAGCAGCUGUCUGCUGGACUGGAGGAUCCACUCUGGAGACUGGACACUCUCAGGAUGGACCAUGGUGGAGAGCAGUGGUUAAAACCUGGUCUGAGGAAGUAUUUCUGCGAACUUGAAGUCGACACAAACUCAGUCAGUAGAAAACUCAAACUAUCUGACAACAACAGGAAGGUGACACAUGUGGAGGAGGAGCAGCCAUAUCCUGAUCAUCCAGACAGAUUUUACCCAUGGCCUCAGCUGCUGUGUAUAAAUGUUCUGACUGGUCGAUGUUUCUGGGAGGUUGAGUGGAGAGGAAACGUUGAUAUAUCAGUAAGUUACAGAGGAAUCAGAAGGAGAGGAAACAUGUAUGACAGCUGGUUUGGAAAGAAUGAUCCUUCCUGGAGUCUGUUCUGCUCUGACGAUGGUUACGAUGUCUAUCACAAUAACAGAAGAACAUCCAUCUCCUCGUCCUCUGUCUCUAACAGAGUCUCAGUGCAUGUGGACUGUCCUGCUGGAACUCUGUCCUUCUACAGAGUCUCCUCUUACAAACUGAUCCACAUCCACACCUUCAACACCACAUUCACUGAACCUCUCUAUCUUGGAUUUAGAUUGUGGUCUCCUGGUUCCUCAGUGUCUCUGUGUUCUCUGGAGGAAGGAGAGUCUUUGAAGUGACAACAGCUUCAACUCUGAGAUUUAAAUGUUGAUUUAAAUGUUUAAUUUCUAUUUAGUGUCACAGAAAUUGUCUGAUCUGUAGCUCUCUGGACACAUAAUAAUCACACAAUGGUAUAAAUAGAGUACAUUGCAAUUACAAUUACUGUGUCUUACCAUGUGAGUGGUGAGGAAGAUUUCAAAAGUACAAUAGAGAAACAAACAUCUUUUAUAGUGUUUGCACAGACAGUUUGUCAUGCAAUUGGCUGGCUUUCCAAAGUUAAGAAUAUAUAUGUCCGCUCGACAAUGGUGCCAAACACCCCAAUAGUAUCUCCUCUUUCAUAACACUGAAGCACUUGUGUCUAGUAAAUCAUGAAGAAGAGGAUAGUAAUAACCUCAACAGAACCACUAUAUUUGUGAUUGAGAAUAGACCAGUUAAUAGGCUCAACAGCAAACCAUGACCACUAAUGAUCAACUAUAACUUCACUUCCACAGAAGUAUUUAUCAACCAUGAAGUUAACUACAUACGUACAUGUUAUAUAUGUGAUUGUUACAUAUGUUAAUGAAUAUGAGUUCAUGGAGGCUAUGACGCAGACUAAUAUGAUUAAUACGCUAAUUGGGAUGAAUAUACAUGCUAAUGGAUGGGCCAAUCUAAAACCAUAUGUUGUGAAGCGAUUGAAGCCUCAGUGCAGUGUAUUGUUUAGUUUCUGUUAGGAGUGGAGAAGAUGAAGGAGGUCAGGACCCAAAUGCAGGACAAAAAGGUGACGAGGUUGGAGUUCAAAUAAAAGGUAUUUAAUGAAAAUAAAAGGCGCUGCAGUCAGGGCAGGAAAAUCCAAAAACACAAAAAUGGAAAACCACAAGGAGAAGAACUAUAAGAACACUGAUGGAUGACGAAAUAACUAAAUCACAGGACAAAGACAAGGUGACAGAAACAUGGCUUGGAAAUAACAUCAUGGCAAGGAAACAACAUCAACAACGAUACAGGGAACAGGCAGGUCUACAUAUAUACAGGGGCAGAGGGAUGAGAGACACAGGUGAAACUAAUGAGCAAUCACACAGGCAGAACCAAUAAUCAAUCAAGGGACAACAUGAGGAAGCACAACUGACAGGAAAUCAAGAAACUUAACAAAAUAAAACAGGAAACUCAAAACAUGAUCACGAAUAAAAGACAAAGACAAAACCAUGACAGUUUAUUAUGUUGGCUAAUUAUCGAGUGGAAGCUAACAAAUGCUAUGUUGUGAAAUCCAGUGCUUUUGUUUUAUUGAGUUUAAUCACUCUUUUGUAUUUCAGUUUGGAGCUAAUAAACUUAAUCCUUCAAUGCUGCCUCCUGAUAACACAGGUAAAUGACAUGUUUAUGACCCUAGCCUCCUAUGCUACUCUGUGGUUCCUGCCUCAUGCUAACCGGCGUAAUGCAGUCAUGGCAUAGGCCAUAAAAGGGUCUACAUACAUCUCAGGUGUUACUAAAAAAGUCUGAACAGGUGUAUUUUAACAUCAUCCUUUGUCACAAACAGCUCAGCAAUGACAUUAUUCUGAAGACAGGAUGUUCUAGGGUUCAGUCGUAAUGACGAUAGGUAAAUGGGACUGUAGAUUGGACUGUAUAUUUUCGUAAUUCUUACUACCUCAUUCUUAUUCAAUUUUCUAAGAUUAUUUUGUUCUAUUUUAUUUUUGACUGUUAUCAUUUGUCUAUGUCUCCAUCCAUCCAUCCUUGUACAUUUUAUUUUAUAUAAUCCAGUAUAAACUAUACUCCAUGUAAUCUUUGUCUUCAUGUUUAUGGCCUUAUUCAUGGUCAUGGAUCAUUGUGACAUAUAGUAUGUGACUACAAGAAAAAAUCCCAAAUGAAAUGAUUCUCCAGAAUAAAUAAAAGUUUCCUUUGUUACUAUAA